CUCAUUGUGGUGGUCACUAAUUCGUAGGUUGUUAUGAUUCCAUUCCAUUCUCAUUGAUGCGGACACCCUGACGUAGGACUGACUUGCUUGUAUCCCCGCAUGUGUUUGCCUUUAUCUUCACACUCUUUGACGUCAGGCGUUAACGUCGAAACCAUGGCGCAAAAUUCAGGGAGGAUGAAAAGAAUUUGUAUCCCAUUUGCGACCUUUGUUAUUCUCUUCAUAAGACUCGGACGAGCUUUGAGCUUAGAAACUACUUGUGUAAGAUGUCGGGGUUCUUUACGUACCGAAACUUCUCUUUACAGGAUACGCCUCCUUUGGAUGGCAAGGUAGCCGUGGUGACGGGAGGCCAAGCUGGCAUAGGGGAAGAAAUUGUUGCACAGUUACUCUUGCACAAUGUUAGGAAAGUUUACAUUGUAGCGCGAAGCAAGAGCAAGUACCUCAGAGCGCAAGAGAUCUGGCGACAGCGCCAUGGCAUAGUUCUCAGCGAGAAUGACGACAGGGUGGAAUUCAUUCAGUGCGACCUGGGGGACAUCAAAUCCGCCAAGGAUGCAGCAGAUGAGAUUACGGCUAAGACUGACAGGCUGGACGUCUUGAUAUGCAAUGCAGGAUUGGGCGUGGCACCUCAAUACAAGAGGUCACCUCAGAAUAUCGAGAUCAUCUUUGCUACUAAUUGCGUCGGCCAUCAGGUUCUGGCGACCCUUCUGCUUCCUCUUCUGAGACGCACAAUAAACCAGGGCAAGGCACAGGAGGCUCGGAUAGUCGUCACCAGCUCAUCUUUUCAUCAAUUCUGCCGCAAACUAGAUCUGAAUUUGCUCACAUCUCCAAAUCGCCCCAAGCCUGCAAUCGUCGACGGGCUAUGGCGUUACGGUCGAUCCAAGCUGGGUAACAUUCUCUUCACAAGAGAACUUGCCCGUCGGCUCGAGCAGGGGACGGACCCCGCAGAUAGACACAUCUACGCCAAUGUGUUCUUUCCAGGAAAUAUCGUCACCGAGCAGUGGAAUUCCUGGGAUGACUACUUUGGAAAAAUAGGAGGCUAUAUAAUGAGACGCCUGUUCUCACUGGUUGGACAGAGCACGCAGGAUGGUGCUGCAACAGCCAUUUAUCUAGCUGCGAGCCAAGCAAUUCGAGAGAAUGGAACGCGUGGUCAAUACUUCAUACCUAUUGCAACACCUUGCAAAACAACACCGAUUGCUGCUGAUACGAAGCUUGCUCGCGAACUUUGGGACUGGAUAAAUGCCCGAGCGACAGAGACUCUAGGUUCAAACUGGCAGAGCGAGGCUGGCGUGGGUUCGUCCAAUGGCAUCUAGAGCCACAAUAGCGAGGAGUCCUUCUAUAGUCCUGCUAAAUGAAGCCAUCGUCCAGGUGGACCGCGCUGGAGUGACCGCAGGUCGCC